CUUUAAACCUCGAGCCGAGCCGGCGCAGGGAAAGCAGCUUCUUCUGCCCGCACCUCUGCGUUUGGAUUAAGUUUUGGACGUUUUUUUUCAGGAAGUAGAAGACUUAUUAAGUUUUUUUUUUUAGGAUUAAAAACCCCCAGAAAUGUGUUAUCUAGGAGAUCCAGCUGGGUUUGGGGGUAAUUAGGAGUCAGAAGCGCUGACGGACGUUGAGCCGGGCCCGGCGGCUUGACCUGCCAGAGGUCCAGGUCUGCUUCCCCUGCUGCGGAGCGGAGCUGGGGGAGUGCCAGGACAUUCCCGAGUGUCACUCCGUACAGCCGGCCCACAGAGAGAAGUCAGAGGAGAAGAAGGAAGCUCUGCUGCUCCCUGACUCACUUUCUCCCUUCGCUUCGUCCUUGGAAGGACUGAGGGCUGUGUAUCUAGCUCUGACGCGCUGUAGGUGAUCUGGGUUGUUUUCGUGAGGCGUUUUCUUUGAUCCGUUUUGAAAUGCACUGUCUGAAGAAGCAGGAGGCAGCAGAGCACACCAGGGAAAUGCAUCCCAUGUGGCAGGGCCCCCUGGAGGUGCCGGGAGGCGACCAUCAGUCCCCGAUAGAUAUCGCCGCCAGGAAGGCGGUCUAUGACUGGCAGCUGAAACCUCUGGUGGCGACCUACGACCCGCAGACCUGCCAGCAGAUCUGGAACAACGGUUACUCCUUCCUGGUGGAGUACGACGACACCACAGACAAGAACACGCUGAAGGGAGGUCCCUUACAAGCUAACUUUAGGCUGUGUCAGUUCCACUUCCACUGGGGUGAGAGCAACGACUGGGGCUCAGAGCACACUGUGGACCGGAGGCUGUUUCCCGCAGAGCUCCACCUGGUCCACUGGAACUCUGACCGCUACUCUCUGUUCGAGGAGGCGGUGAUGGAGGAGGACGGACUGGCCGUUAUCGGAGUCUUCCUGAAGGUGGGAAAACGACACGAGGGGCUGCAGAAGCUGGUUGACGCGCUGCCUGCUAUCAGACACAAGGACAGCUUGGUGGAGUUCAACCGCUUCGAUCCCGCCUGCCUGUUACCCGCCAACAUCGACGACUACUGGACGUACCACGGCUCUCUGACCACGCCCCCUCUGACCGAAUCUGUCACCUGGAUGGUCAUGAAGCAGCACAUAGAAGUCAGCCAUGACCAGCUCGCAGUCUUCAGGAGCCUGCUGUUCACCUCGGCUGAGGAGGAGGUCCAGAAGAGCAUGGUGAACAACUUCCGGGUGCAGCAGCCUCUGCGGGGCCGCACCGUCCGCUCCUCCUUUACUCCCUUCCUGCAGGAGGCGCCGUAGGCCUGAGGAGCGGCACCUCAAACGCCGCCGGACUCUGUAACGACGCGCCGCUGCUUGUCAGCGAUUCAAGCGGAAGAGGUGUUUGAACGAGCUUCGUCUGGGGAGCUUUAAGCUGUUUUUAUUUUUUAUUUUUAAUGCAAUCAUUUUAUGUUUUAUUCCAAUGAUGAGGAUUUUUACCCGGAUGAUGAAAGAAGACGUGUUUUUAGACAUUUAUUCUAACCCAGAUUGACUUUCAGACAGAUCAUCAAUAAGGGAAUAAGGGUCACUGAGGGUGAUUCUAUUCACUCAAAUCAUUUUAACGGUUUCCUUACCAUACAUUGUAUUUAUUACACAGUUUGUUGGGUUUGUUUCAGCCUGCAGCUCAGUGCACAGAGUCGCGUUGAGCUGCAGGUUCAGUAAAAACUCAACAUGUCUGAAAUCCUGAAUCCUGCAGCUGCUCUGAGCUGCUGCCCGUUUACAGCAAAAAUCCCAGAAAAAUGUCCACAAUCCGGACGUUUCACCAUUAAUCCUGUAAUACUGAACUUUUCUUCAUCUGUUACAAAGAGAUUAUUCUGAACACGCCUGACAUUCAGAACCACUUUUUUUUUUCACUCUCCUCGGCCUUUUGUUACUGAGACGCACAAACGUGUAACGUUACAGCAGCACAUGCUUUUAUUUUAGAAAAACCCUGAGUGUGGGAACGAAAUGGGGAACAAAUUACAGCGUUCUGCAAACCGCAGUGCCUUAAAUGUUCUGAUUUCUCUUUCAUCUCCUCAGAAGUGGUCAACGUUCACAGCCACUGUCGUUAUCUGCGUAAUUUUCUCUUUCCUGACGCCUUUAACAGAACAAAACAGAGAAAUUCAGCCAAUCUCGUCGGGAUCAGAAGUCGUCUGAUGUUGUCAUCUGUCUGUUUGACUCAAACUGAUCCAAUCAACCAAGUAAAACUAAUCAGUGGAGCUUCUAGGGCUGAGGAGCCGUACUGUGAGCUGAUGGGUUUUACAUGGCUGUUCUGGACGACAUGAACUAAAGUAAAACCCGUCAAUGUGCACAAUGUAAGAAAAUGUUGCAGUAGACCGGGCUGAUAAACGGCCUGCAAACCCAUUUUUUUUCUUAGAGAAGUCUAGAUUGCAUUUAAUCGCGUAGUUAAGUGGCACUAAUGCACCAAAAGCAUCGUGUGUGUAAAUAGUCUCCACAGAAUAGGGGUUCGCCCAGGGUGCUGUUCAUGCAAGAACUACCAAUUUGUAGCCGAUUUAGUUUUUAACUAAUAUCUAAUUGCACAAAAAAGUGCCUGCUUCCAGUAACUGACUUUAACAGCUGGAUGUAUCGUUUUUAACCCGUUGCAGCUGUGCUUCCUGCUCUACGUCCACGUAGCACCGAAGAAUCUGACUUUUGCAACACAUGCAGGCUUAGGCAAUAUUUUAUCUUCCUGCUUUGCGUCAACGCCCGCCUCUGUCGGGCAGAUAAAGCUGAAGCUGGAGGAGCAGAUAUGUGGCCGAGCGUCACGUGUCCUCUUGCGUUUUUCCUUUUUCAAAUCAGGUUUUUCGGUCGAGUUGAGGCGCAGGCGAGAGGCCGCCGUCCGUGUAAUCCUUCCUGAACAAUGCAGCUAUCCAAACUCCCGCCGGUUGGUGCAGCCCGAGGGUGACGCUGCACGGCGGAAACGCACCGAGUGACGGUUACUCGUUCUGACCAGCUUCAGAGUGGCUGGAUAAACAGCAGAGGGCCACGGCGGGGGGGGAGGGAUUGGUGUCUGGGUGUUUCUUAUCGCCCAUCUUUAAUGCGUUAAGCCAUCCCAGCGCCGCUUCUCUACUCAUCACCUCCAUGAGUUUCUUCCUCUGCCUUUUCCCGUUGCCAUGCUGUUACUAUAAUGUUUUUUUUUUUUUAAAUGCCGAUGUUCAAUCAUUUGCAGAAACGGCCUUUUCUGUCUCACUGUAGAGACCCGUUUACAUUUUUCACGACAUGCGCAUCACCGUAACGAUUUAAUUGGAUCGUCGUUUGCCUUUCUGCUCACAUGUGAAUGAGCAGCUCACUGGGAUGUUUUAGCAGCUGUACGUUGUUGCUGUAACUGUAAGCAGUGCAUAUUCUCCCUGUUUAUUUGUCCAGCCUACAUUCCUGCCCCCCCCCCUGCCGGGCCCCUCCCCUCCUCUCAGCUGCAUGGCUGUUUUUUUUUUUUUUUUUUUUUUAUAUUCCCAUCCAGCCGUGGAGCCGGGCCGAUUCCUGUGAAUCACCCUUUAACCGCCGACGAUGUCCGUUUGAUUUUUUUAAAGGAGUUGAUGGAAAUAUCAAAUGUUUAACAAUAAAGUAAUAUAUCAAGAUAAAUGGUUGGCUUUUUGUUGUGAAUGACAUGAUCAUUACAUUGUAUUCCUUUAUAGAUGUGGUUAUCUGAGAAUAUGUUGUGAAUUUUACAAUAAACUAUUAACCAUGGUUAACAA